AUGCGGGCGAGGGAAGAGAGGAAUCGGGAGAGGAGCUCACGGGCGGCGCAACUCGUCUCCUCGGUGGCCAAGGGGCUCGCCGGGUCAGUAGCCUCCAAAGUGGCCUCUCUAGGCAGCUCUUUGCCGCCGCUUUCACCAACCUCCGUUCUGCCGCUGUCACCCAGGUCCAAGAGGAAUGAAGUUCAGUCGGCCACGCUGCUGCCAAGGGAGCCAAGUGGGGCGCUGCUACAGCUCUGUGCGCCCACGACGAUGCUACUGCCUGUGCCGUCCCUAUCCAGGCCCCCUGGGUUCGAGGCCUCGCCAAUGCCGCCACUGCCGUCCAGCGGGCCGGUGCACCGCACCCCUUCGCCCGUGCGGCGCCGUAGGGUCGAUGCUUCUGGUGCUGUUGGCCUGCAGUGCCUUGCGCCGUUGUUUGAAGAUAGGCAGGAGGCCAUCCUGCCCACCCCGGCUCCAACACCGCCUCGGGCUCUUACGACGCGUCGCAAAACAAUGGCCGGAGUCUCCAUCUCCGGGGUCGGCGGCACCUUCUCGCUGCACAAGACAAAGACGGCAAGCCGCCCCAAGGCCACGCCCAUGGCUCGCGCGGCAGAAAUCCUGGUCUGUCGCUCUCUCGGCAUCGUCAAGGAUGGAGAGGACGUCACCACCGCAGCCUUGGACGCCUUCGCGGACCGCUUCAAGGAGCAUUUGUCGCCGGAGGUGCUCACAGCCAUGAGAGGCCUGUUUAAGCUAGACGACGCCAAUGCAGAUGCUGUGGAGGAAGCCCUCCUGGCGCAUGGAGGAGGAGGCGCGCUGGACCUGGAGAGGGCCGACGAGGAGGCCGUGCUGCAGUAG